AUGGCAUAAAAAGAAUAAAUUGAAUUCGAUAAAAAUUCAAUUGAUGAUGAAACAAAUUUUGUUCUUGAUAAAUUUGCAGAAGGCUAUCGUUUAAUAGAAAUUAAAGGAGUUGUUAAAAAUUAUAUAGAAGCUCGAUAUUAAUAAACAUUUAUUGCUAUUAACAAUAAUGACUAUAAAGUUUCUUAUUAUAUCUACAAACAAUUAGAAAAAGUCUUAAUAAAAGCUUUAAAGAAUUUUAAUUAAGACCCUGAUUUACUAACAGAAUAUUCUAAAGUUAUGGUACAAUUCUAAUUUAUAAUAGCUUUAUUUAUUAGAUAACAAUUAAACAGUUUCAUCAAACGAAAAAUUCAUGAUUCUAAAGUUACCAACAGAAGUUCAAGUUUACCCAAAAGUAGAAGAUAUCGAUUUCUAUUACUAUUUACUAAAGUAUGUUAUAUAAACAUUGAAUAAUAUUGGAGUUAUAUUGAUGAGAAGAAAAAAAAUUAGAAAUGCUGAAAUUUAUUUGAUGAGAGCAUUAGCAGCAAGAAGUUAUGUGUUAGAGACUCAUGUUUCUUAAUUUUAGAUGGGAGUAUUAUUAGAAAAUUUAGCUUUUGUUUUUUUGAAUAAAGAAGAUAAGUAAGAUGCUUAACAAUUUAUGACGAAAGCAUUAUUCCUAUUUGAAUAAUUAUCAUAACCAUAAUAUGAAAAUGUUGAAGUGUGCAUAAAUUAUAAAUUUAUGUUAAAUUUGGUUGAGUAAUUUAUUUUUACAUUAUUUAUAGAAUCCUUUAUAAUCAGAAUGAAGAUUAAUUAUUAUAAUAGCCAAGAGAAAUUUAGAAGGAAAAAAUGGUGCAUUUACUUGCUAUAACAUAUAAUUAUUAUGGAGAAGUGUUUUAGUCAUUAAAUUUAAAAGAUCAAUAAAAAUUUUGUACAGAAUAAUUUUAAUACCUAUGCAAUUUAAUGUAAAAGUGGAAUCCAAGAAUUGCAGUUAAAUAAAAAAGAAUGGAGAAUAUUUAACCUUAAAAUAAAUCUGAAGUAGAUAAAUAGGUAGUUGAAAUAGCUAAACAUAAAAUUAAUUAGAAUUAAGUCAAAGUAGAUUAAGUGGAUAUUAAAAAAAAUAAAGUAAAUAAUGAUUGUUUAUAAAAAGAAAAACAACAACUUCCUUCUUCAUAAAAUUAGGUACUUUUUUAAAACUACAUGUAAUUUAUUUUGUCUAUAUGAGUUAAAUUCGAACUUAAAGAUUUAAAGUUAUAAUUUUAUAAUUAGAAUUUUUUAUUUAGAUAAUAAUCUUUUCUAAACCUCUAAAUCUUGAAAAAAGUUUGUAUAUAGUUGAAAAUGAUUUAACUGAAUAUCAAAAAAAAUAUUAUCCUGAUUCAUUAAAAUCAACAGAGUCAUUAUAUGAAUUUUUCAAGAUGUAAAAUUAACUUCUUAUUUUAAGCUUGAUUAAAUUACUUUUCUUUUAAGAUAAUUAGCUUCACAUUAAAGAAAUAAGGCAUUUCUAAUCUAUCUAAGAAUUUAAUAAAUAAUUAAUUUGA